AUGGGAGAUGGACCCAACCACGGUGAGAAGCUGAGCCCAAACUGCGCUAAAGAGAUGGAACACCACGCUAAGAUGGUCUCUGAAGAUGUCAGGAACGAUUACAGAUUAAUGAAAGCCUGCAAAGAGCCAAUCAGCCGGAACUGUAAGAGUGAAAUGAGAGACAAGUACCACGGCAACUUAUUGGGUUGCCUUGAGGAUCAGAAGCCAACUCUUAAAGGAUCCUGUUUGAAACAUGUUAAAGACUUACAGCUAGUGUCUCUAUUCGACUACAAGUUUAACAACGACUUUCUGAUGAUGUGUAGCGGGGCGGUGCAGACUUACUGUAAGGCUGAUGACUAUGGUCGAGAAAUCAAGAAAAAGCAAGAUGUGAUGUACUGUCUGAGGAACCAGCUGACCCAACCUACCCCCAAAAACAAGGAACCCAUCUCUGAUGAGUGUAAAAAUCAACUCCGGGCAGAAUUCUUGAAACAGAUGUCAGACCUUGAUCUGGACCCCCAACUGUUGACUGCAUGUGCUGUGGACCUUAAAGAUACCUGCCGGUUGGAUGGAUUUGAUGACAAAACUCAAGUUAUGGAAUGUUUGAGGAAAAACGAGUUAAAACUUACACCCAGCUGCAAAGAUAAAGUAUUUGUUAGAGAAGUUCAACAAGCUGAAGAUCCUGACAUUGACCCAGUUUUGCAGAAAAGUUGUUCCGUCGCCAUCAGCAAAUAUUGUUCCGACAGUAAAGGAGACGAACUGUUGUCAUGUCUUGAAAACAAUCAACACAAGAGUGGAGUUACCCACGAUUGUAAGACUACACUUAGACUUCGCAUGCUGAAGGAACAUUCUAAUUACUUACUCAACAUUGGACUAAGGAAGUCCUGUAAAGACGAUAUAAAGAUGUUCUGCAAGAGCACUCUCGAGGGAAUAAAGAAGGGAACCAUACAGGAUGGAAGAGGAGCAGUGAUAUCAUGUCUUAAAGACAACUUCGAUAAGAUCUCAAUAGAAUGUGGGGAUUCCAUGACAACCAUAUUAGAGCAAGAAGUGGUUGAUUACAAAUUAGACCCCGUUUUGAGCAGAUUCUGUGCUGAUGAUAUUGAGGCAUCCUGUCCGGAUGUACCUGAUGACCAGGUAGAAGCCUGCUUGCGAGACUACAUAAUGGUUGUACAAUCAGAAGACUGCACAAAACAGGUGGUCCGACUGAUCACAGAGGCUCACGGGGACGUUCACCUGGAUGCGCUGUUAAUGAGAGCUUGCCAGAAAGAUAUCGGGUAUCUGUGCGGACGUGUGCUGCCUGGCAAGGGCCAGAUUAUAGAGUGCCUUCAGGUUAAUAUCAUGUACUUUAGAUUAUAG